ACAAAUGUUGAUUUUACACCUCGAGAUCACAACUUCUGCCAGCAUCACUGAUCUAACCAGUUAAUAUUUCGUACUGAUUCAUGGUUUUUGUUAACGUACAUUUCACAGCGUGCCACGUGCACACAAACAUUUUCUGCCACGAGCAGUAGACGCACACACUACAAACAAAACAAACCAACUAGGCAUUACGUGAACACAAAUACACGGAAUACAUUUAAACCCCAAGGUUUUAACAGUAUAGCAUGGGUUCAAACCACAAAAAUCAUAUUCUUGCUAUUUUUUUUGUCUUUUUCAUAAACAUCACAAAACAAGACUUACACGUAAACCGUUAUUGGAUAUUUACGUAACUGUUUUGGAAAAUAAUAAUAUAUUAUUGCAUGACUUUAUGAAACUGGGCUCAUAUAUUGAGUAUUAAAGAGUGGUUUCAUAGUUUGAGAUUCACUGCAUAUUAUGCGGUUUAUGUGCAAUAGGCAAAAGUGUGCCUAGACGAAUCGGCGCAGUUUCCACAGAUUUUAAAGGUGAAAUGUGUCAGCUCACCAUCUGUUGUUUGCGGGAGUGUGACCUCACACCUUCACCAUCACGCGUGUCAGACCCCGGGCGUGAACAAACCGUUUGGCACGAGCGCGCUCGUGCGUGUAUAUAAAGGCUCGAGGCUUCAGUCUGAGCAUCACUCGAACAGAAAUCAACAAGGAUUUACUUCUUCAGCUCUGCCUUAUCUUUUCACGGACACUAUGGAGCGAAUCGCUUUUACAAACGGAUUAAAUUCUGCCACAAACUCACAGGACGCGACGCAGCCAUGGAGACCCUGGACGCGUCGAGCGCGUCAUGAACGCAAAGCUGCGACUUACUCGCCUUAUAAGAAACCAGCAUUGACAACAACUGAUGAUCAACAAUGUACCAUCAUGACACAUCCUGUAAAGUUAUUCUGGCCCAAAUCUCAGUGCUUUGAUUAUUUGUACCGGGACGCAGAGAUUCUCCUGCAGAAUUAUCCGGUUCAGGCCACAAUCUGCCUCUAUGAGGAUUCAGACAGCGAUGAUGAUGAUGACAGUGAUGAAGAAGAUGAGAAAGAACUCAACUGACCAUCAUCGUUCAACACAACUUUAUUUAUAGACUCUAAUCCUCCUCUCACUUCUAAUCUGUUUUGUGUAUAAAGCUGUACAUAUGUAUAAAAUAUACUUAUAGUCUUUUAAAUAUAUAUAGUUUUCUCUGAAAAUCAAUGUAAAUUAUGUCUAGUAUUUAUAAUAAAUUAUUUUAUUGUUAAUUGUAACUUAUAUUGUAACUGUAACUUUAUUUUCUUAAAAUAAACAUUUAAAAAAUUUAA